AUGGACGAUUCCGGCGUUCCCCGAUUAUUCGGGCAGGAGGUCAUUCCUGACCCCUGUCCAUUGGGACCACAAGGAGGUAGCGCGACAACGACACAAAAUCAAGCUCGGACCUACCUCAAUGAUCUUGCCAAUUUCCUGGCGCAGUCUCAGCACGGUGCGUCUGCUGGCGUGCCAGGUGUCUCAGAGGUGGCCGCUUUGCAAACCCUUUUGGAAAACGUUCGCAAGGCUGGCCUAUCGAGUGUCCCAGGACAGAGUUUGCAGCCUCCCAUCGUAGAGCAGGCUUGGCCAUGUCCGAGUGCGCAGAGGCUUGUGCCUCCAGAGGUUACUGGACCUUUCGGUGGACUCCAGGCGGAGGUCCCCCCGAACAUCCAGCUGGCAAAACUUGCCGAAUUCUUCCGCCUGCUUGAAGAACAAGAGCAGGCGCACGCAAUGAUGAGUGACAGCAGCUGGACCUGUGAACAACAGACCGUUCUAUCUCGAUGGCUGCAGGAGUCACGUACGCAGUUGCAGCAGCUGCGACAAAUGCAGCAGCUGCAACAGAUGCAGCGCCAGAUGCAGGAGCUGCAGCCAAAAUUGCAGCAAAUGCAGGAGAUGGUCAACCGCUUCAUGACAGCCGCUUACAUGGCUCAGCAGCAAGUGCCGCAAAUGCAAACUCCAUCCUUUACGUCGUUGCCGUCACAUCAUGCACCUCCCGCGCCUGGGUUGGACUGGCCUGGACAGUCUGACGCGAACUCAUUUCCAGUCACUCUGGAGUCGCUCGCCAACUAUGGGCAAAUGGGCAUGCCUGCCGGCUCCGUAGCAGCAGGCAGCCAUCACUCAGGCCAUGACAAGGUCGGACGGGUGCAGAACCGCACGAAUCAUAUUCGAAUCAAGAACACCCAAAGGGCUGGAGGUUGGAUGAAUGUGGAACCCGAGGAGGCAACGCAAUCAUCAUCUCCACCUUCGAGCUCGACUGACAGGGACAAGAAGAGUACAUUGGGGAUGCACUUGACGCAGCUGCAAACUGAAGACCCAAGGUGUGUCUUCAUCACGCGACGAAUCAAUGGUAUGGGCUUCCAAUCAAAGGAUAUUUUAAGCGCCUUCUACGGACAGUACGGCAAGGUGGUGAAGGUGCUCGUUGCUCACUCAAAGGUGAAACCAUUCCGUCGACAAGGUGCUCAGUCACGAAUUCGGCCUGGCAGUCUUGGAUUCGUCGUCAUGGACUCGCCAGAAGCCGUUGAGAAGAUUCUGGAAGUUGGCACCACUCAGAAGGUGGCUGGCCACAUGAUCAGUGUGGAGCCUUUUGAGCGAAUCGCAAAGCCUCAGGACCCUGGCCAAUCUGCUGACUCCACUGCAACAAACGGCGACUCAACGACAACAGGAUCAGGUUCCGGCUCUGGAGGGUCGGGCUCUGACAAGAGCUCGACGGGCAGCGCCAAUGGAUUGGGCGAUUCCAACGGCUCCGACAAAAGUUCUGCUGGCAGUGCCAAUGGCCUGGGCGAGAGCGGUUCCGGUGGUUCCGAGGAAGGCUCUGACAAAGGCAAUGGCUUUUCAGCUGAUGGAUCCCAGCCAAAGGCAGAGGGGAGCCAGGGAAGUUCAGAAGAUUCAAACCCUGGAGACGGAGACUCUCAGUCCGAAGCAAGCAACCGGGCAACGUCUCCAGGAACCGGCAGGAAGAAGGAAGCUUUCGAAGAAGGAGUCCUACCUGGCGAAUCAGAAAAGGCAGAGAGUGGAUGA